GCAUAUACUGCCGCCAAAUUGUGUAUUUCUGAUAAUGUCUGUUAUAAUUGUUUUUCAUUGUAAUUAAUUCGAGUUUUUUAUAACAUACAAAAGUACAUUCAGUUAAAUUAAUAAAUAAUAAUUACAUUUAUUUUUAACACUUAAUCAUGCCACCACAAUAUUGUUUAAUUUGCGCUUCGGAUGAGGGUAUUCUUCUCGACAUUUUCUCGAAUAACAAUUUCCGUGAUAACAUUGAAACAUGUUUAUCUUUGAAGACAAAAAAAUCAGAUCUUCCUUCAACAAAAAUAUGUCACAAGUGUGCGUACGAGUUAGAUCAAUGUAGUAAAUUUGUAAAAAAAUAUAAAAAGACGCAAGUAGAAAAUGGUAUGCUUUACAAAAAACAUGGAUACUGCAGCUUAUGUAUGGAACCUGGUCGAAAAGGUUUAAUAUUUGACUUGAUCAACGAAAAUCCAUUAAAUAAUCCACAGGAAAAAAUUCAUCGUCUAUUUCACAUUGAUUUUGUACAAGGAAAUUUUUCAAAUUUAUCAAUCUGCUUGGAUUGUCGUUAUAAUUUGGAUGUAUUGUUUGAUUUAAAAUGCAUUUUAACUGACCAUUCUGAUCAUUUAAAAAAAGUUCUCAGCGGCGAAAUUAAAUCACCAAACAUGGAAAAAAUAAGAACUAAUGUAGUACGGCGAAAAACUACGUCAGUAAAAUCAUCACCAACUAAAUUCACAAAAGAUACUUUAUCAGAUAUGGACAGUGAUACAAGCUCAAUAUCAGAAAAUACUCCAAGAAGAUUACGAUCUAACGGCUCUAGUUCAUUUCCUUACGAACGACAAUGUGAAGAAUGUCACGCAAAAAUUCCAAUUGGUGAUGAUAUGUUUCGUUAUCAUACCUCAGGCCUCACAGUUUGUAGACAAUGUUGGUUAAAAAUGGAUCCGAGUGAUAGUAAUCAUGGAAAGAGACGCAAAAUUAGCACUGAGACAAAACUUUGUUGUGUUUUUCUUAAAGAUAUUUUUACAUCUUCUGAUAACAAACCAUCAACUAUAGAGAAAGAUGAUAAUUCUGAUUCUAUAUAUACAAUAUCUGAUGAUAGUACAAUGGAAGAAAGCAAACCGGGACCGAAAAAAUCUAAAACGAUAUCAAAAUCUAAACGAAAAAAUAAUCAAAAUGAUUGUAAACCAUUAAAAAAACCAAAAAAGGAUUUAAAUUUGAAAAAAUCUACUCGAACUAGAGCAAGCAGUGUCCAGAUUGAACAAAUAGAGAGAAAAUGUUUACGUUCUAGUCGAGCUAAAAGUGUCGAAGUAGUUCGAGUUGUUGCAAGUCGUCAAUUGCCUGAGAAAAAAAAUUCAUCUGAAACAAACAAGUCUAAGUCUCAGAAAAAAACUAAUGAAGUGUCAAAACUUAAUUCAUCAUCAGAGAAAAUAAAUAAAAAAAAUAUAUCAAAUGCUACGAAUCGUGGCCGAAAACGAACUAGAAAUAAGUCAAACUCUUCGAUUUCAAGUAUUGAAGAAAGUAGGUCAUCAAAGACAAAUAAAAAAAUGAAUAAACUAAGCCAUCGCAAAGUUGAAAGUGAUAGUGAAAAUAGUCGUCCAUAUACUUGCAAUAUUUGUCAUAAUGAUUUUGAUAAUCGAGUUGAUGGCUUAACUCAUGAGUUAACUCAUUCAAAAAGCCUUGAAGUUAUUUUAAAGAAGGUUUCAAUAACUGACAAUACUGAAAAUAAAUUAAAGAACAAUGAAACAGAACGAAAUGAUGAAAUUUCAGAUGUUAUAAAUGAUGUAAAUAAUGAAAAAGAGGUUGAUCCACUUGAUACCGAGCUAUCAGAAGAACCUUCGGCAGACAAGUCAUGCAAUAAAGAUGUUGAAAAUGAAAUUCAUAAUAAAACACAAACGGCUGACAAUAUUUCAAAAGAAUGUGAAAAUAAUAAAACUAGUAGCAGUAGUGAAAAUAUUGAAACAAUAAACGAUGAAAAAAAUGAUAAUAACCGUAAUGAAGACAAUGACGAAAAAUGUAAUAAUAAUGAUAGUAAACAAAAUAAUGGUAGUAAUAGUAUUAAAAGCAUCAGUAAAGAUGAAGAAAAAGCUGAUGAUAAUGAGAAACAUGAAGCUAAAGAAGAUCAAAAUGAACAAAAAGAUAGUCUUAUAGCUGUUGAUACUUCUAGUGACAAUGGUAAUAUAAGUCAAGAAGAUCACAAGAAAGAUAAUACAGAUAACCAUCAUUUUACGUCUACUGACAGUAAUGUAGAUGAUAGUAUAUGUGAAUUUAAAGAAAAAACAGAUAAAAAUAAUGAAAAUGUUGAUGAGAAAACAUCAGAAAAAAAUACAGAAAGUACGUCUGAUAUAUCAUAUGAUAAUAAGAAUUUAGUGGAUCCCGAUAAGUGUGAAGAGAAUGAAAAAAAAGAGGAAACUAAUAAAAUAGAAUCAGUUAUUAAUAACAUGGAUGAAAACAGCCACAUAAAAAUAAAUGAUAAUAAUGAGAACGAUGAUAGUGUAAAGGAAGGAGAGAAAAAAGAUAAGAAAGAAAAAGAACAAAGUGAAGAAGAAAGAGAACAAAGUGAGGAAAAAGAAGAAAAAAGUGAGGGAGGAAAGGCACAUAAUGAGGAAGUAAAGGAGAAAAGUAAAGAAGAAAAGGAAAUAAGUGAGGGAGAAAAGAAAAAUGGACAACUUGAAGAUAUUAAAGAAUCAUCACAAUGUUUUGCAUAUGAGACAAUUAAUGAUUCUUUAGCAAAUAAUAAAGAUGAGACUUCACUCAAUGAUGAAAAUGUUGAUGAUGAAAAUGAAAAUGAAGAACAGUUAGCUGACAAAACGGUAAAAAAUGAUAAAAAUUGCAGCAAUGAAACUUUGAAAAAAAAUAUAUCCGAUAAUGAAGACGAAGGAGCAUUAAUAGAACAAGAAAUGGAAAAAAUAAGAACUCACAUCAAUGAUUCAAAACAAAUCGAGCAAGCAGAUCUUGAAAAUAUUGAGAAUAGUGUGGAAUUAAAGAUAAUAAGUAAUGAUGAUAAAUCUUUAAGUGAAUUAAAUGUAACGAAUAGUGAAAAUGGUGAAGAACCAUAAAUAUCAUUAGUAAUUUUAUAUAUUAAUUUUGUCAUUGAAAACUUUUAAAUCACACGUCAUGAUAUAACAUAUGAGCAGACAAGUUUUUAUAUCAUUAAAAAUUACUAUUGUUGAAUGGAUUCUUUAUUUAUUGUUAAUAAUUUUAAAUAAUAUCAUAAAGUACUGUUUAUACAAUUGUACUCGAUAAAAAAACGUGAUUUAAAUUAUUUUGUUUUAUUCUUAAACCGGGCGGUAAUAAAAUUUUUAAAAAAUUAUAAAUAACUUGAUUUGAAUUUGAUUUUUUUUCAUGUCGAUGAAAUAUUCGAAUGUAUUGUUUUCCGUUGAAUGCAAUUAAUUCAUUUUAAAGUGUAAAUAAAUACGUGAAGAAUCUAAUUACGAAAUUUAAAAAUCGUAGCAAAAGUAAAAAUGAAUAAGUUUAUGAUAGAUCGACUAUGAUUCCAAAAAAUUUUAAUUCCAAUGUCUUAUUGCGUUAAAACUUUACAGUAAAUAGAGAAUUGAUUUGUUUGAAAUUGGUCGAAAUCAAACAAAGUAAUUUUCUUUCCAACAAUAAAUUGCACGAUAAAUGAGAAUGAAUUCAUAACAGUUUAUAAUGAUUAUUAUAUUAUUACGUAAUACUAUACUCGAUAGUAUAAUUUAGAACAUUUAAAUAAUAUUGCAUAAUAUUUUCUUAAGGAGUGGACACAUAUGUGAGUGAAUUGAAUUUGCGUGUGAAGCACUUAUUUCCAAAAUCUUUAUAUGUACAUAAAUUGUAUUUAACUAUAUAUAAGAAAUAUAAAUAUUAAUAAUUAAUGAAUAAUGAUUAAAUUUAAAAAAUA